AUGACAGACCGAGAAAGCCACCACGAUCGUGUACGUCGAAUUCUUGCACCAUUCACUUAUGAAGAACAGUAUCCAGAUGAGCAACAACCCCCAAAUGAAGUAGAUUCUUUAAACGACAAUCUCGAGGAUAUGACCAUUUCCAGUCCUACUCCUGCUCGUCCCAUAGACCACAAUCGUGUACAUACCGGCAAUCCUGCUACUUCUCCUCCUACUCGUGCUCGUCCUACUCGAUCUACUCGUCCCCCGCCGGUUCGUCCUGCUGCUACUCGCCCUACCCGUCCUACUCGUCCCAGUCCUGCUCGUCCUGCUGCUACUCGUCCUACUCGUCGUACUCCUGCGCCUGCUACUGAUGCUGCUACAGAUAAAAUAAUUGCUGAUAUCGAAGAAUUUAAUAACAUGAGCAACCACUUGCAUCGUACCAACAGAAUGAACGAUUACAUUAAUUUAAAAUUGUGUGGUGUUCAUACAAAUGCAGAGGGUAAUCCCCAGAACGUGGGCAUUGUUCCUCAACUUCAAAAUCAUGUGCUGCAAAGACAGGACAAAAAUUCAGGUUUCACUGUUGACAUUCCCAUGAUUGGCGUAUGGACGGACUAUACUCACACUGUUUUUGGUGCUUCCAUCAGUUUGAACUUGGACCCUUACAACACAUUUACAUCCAAGGUAUCUCCCUUCUUUCCUGGUACUACUCGCAAUAAAAUCCAAAACAUUAGUAUUGCUAAAAUUGGUCAUUCUUCCAGAUUUAACUUGUACGUCUUCUUUCCGAGAAUGAGAGGUCCUCGUGAUAUCAGAAACAAACAAAAUUUAAGGGUUGAUCAAGCAACAAAAGAAAACUUUGUUAGCAAUGUCCUACUCCCCGCUCUUCGACAAGGUACGGAUACUCCGCACUUGUUCCCUGUCAAUGCAAGAGACGAAAUGUUUAGAAAGCGUACGGCCCAAGGCACAUUCGCCUAUUCUGGUGUGUUUAUUCCAGAGGCAUUUCUAGUAGAGAUCGUUGAUAUCAUGAGAGAAAUCAUCCAUAAUGAAAAUAUGCAGCAGUUCCAAGGAUUCUUCUUCUUUUCUCAUGGCUAUGGUUUUAAGCAAGGCAUCAAAUAUCACGGCUCAGAUGGAGAGGAUGUUUGUGCCAUUGUCCGAGAAAACAUUAUAGACAUUGAUUGGGAAACCAUCCCAAAUGAUAAUGUCGUAUUAGAUCUCGCAAUGAAUAUUGGCUUUGAUGGGUACACAGGAUUAUGGGUCGCAGACCAUGACAUGGAAGACGGUGCUUUACUGGCAACAACCAGAUUAAUGUGGAGCCUAUUUGAUCACGUUGUCCAUCCAGCACAUGCAAGAUAUAGACACGAUAUGUUUAGUUUCAUAAAGUCCGUCGGUGGUUGCAGAUACGUGGCAUUGGAUCAAGUCCAUGGAGAAGGAGAGUAUGCCAUCUUGUCCAUGCAAGCAUAUCACACAAUUAAAAUUCCAUUAUAUUCAGUUCAUCCUGGUAGUGAUCGCCUCACGCAUGACUGUCCCAUUACGACUCCUGCUUUGACAUCUGAGUUUAGUAAAGAAGGUUUUUAUAAUUGCGAGUUGAGUGAGCACCACAGCUAG